UGAAGUGUCUCCUAGACGCGAAAGGAUCUUUUCGACUUGUUGCAUGCUAGCAAAUGUUAAAUAAGCUUUGACGUGCUAAACAGCAAUUAUUGGUAUUGCCGAUAAUAACAGCAACUUAAGAUAACUUUCUGAAGACAGAUGGUGGUAAUUGAGUGUAAACGUUUAGUGAGAAAACGAGUAGCUGACGUUUGAAAAUAAUGACGGAUGAUAAUGAGAUGUAUGACACAAUCAUGCGGGAGCUAAAUAACCUAGUCAUCUCUGAUACUGAUGAAACUAAAGAAGAGCAGGAGAGUCUUUCACUUGAUGAGGGGGCGGACUUCAAUGAUAUUCCACCAUCUCUGCUCAGCUACUUUGAAACCUCAAGAAGCAGAGCAGCAGUUUGUGAGAAGCUCAUCCUUGAGGAACUUGAAGACUUCUCUGCAUCACAUCACACUGAGGACAUGAUGAAAUUGCCUAUUGACCUUGAUAAGGACAUGAUGAAACUGAAUGAGCAGGCCACUUGUGACACACAAAAUGAGGAGAAGAACACUUCCACUGACACCUGCCUUCUUCCUGCACCCACAGAGACACAAGCACUUUUCAUUCACAAUGUGUCACUGUGUCCCAACAAUAAAGAUGAAGCUGGAACAGAUGAAUAUAUGGAGAGUGAGAAGCAUUUGGCAUUGGAAGUGAAGACCCUUGAGAGCUCACUGAAUGAAGAGGAGAGAAAGAAACGCAGUGAAUACGAGGCAGAGCAGGAGAAACGGCACUGUGAGGAGAUGAAGAAGAAGGAGCAAAAGAGACAAAUAGAAAGAGAUUUCCAGAAGGAGCUAAAGAAGAUAAUGGAGGCAGAAAAGCUCCAUCAGAAGGAACUUGAGUUGAUGCAGAAGAGAGCUCAGGAAAAACUUGAACAGGAGUUGCUGCUUCAGCAGGAACUGAUCAGCAACUUAAAGAGACGAGUGGAGGAAGAGAGGAGGAUGAGGGAAGAAGAGCAGAAGAGAAUGAUGGAUGAGGAGGCCAAGAGGAAAAGGGAAGAGGAGAAAAUGAAGAUAGAGGCAGAGAGGAACAGAAUGGAGGAAGAGACAAGGAGGAAGAAAGAGGAAGAGAGACAAAUAGAAGACAUGAAACUUAAAAAAGAAGAGGAGAGGAAAAAGGAGGAAGAGGAGAGGAAAAAGGAGGAAGAGGAGAGGAAAAAGGAGGAAGAGGAAAAGAGGAGAAUGGAGAGGGAGGAAAAGAGGAAGAGAGAAGAGGAAAGAAAUAAGAUAGAUUUGGAGAAGAAGAAGCUGGAAGAUGAGAUGAGAAUGAUGAAGGAGGAAGAAGAGGUAAAGAGGAUAAAGAAGGAAGGGGAGGGGAAAAGGGAGGAGGAAAGAAAAAAGAUAGAAGAGGCAAGGAAGAAGAUGGAGAAAGAGAAGAGAAAAAUGGAAGAAGAAAUGAGCCUGAAGAAGGAGGAGGAGAGAAGAAAGAGGGAAGAGGAAAAUAUGAGAAUAGAGGAAGAGGGGAGAAUAACUAAGGAGAUUGAGGAGAGGAAGAAGCAGGUGGAGAUGAGGAAAAAGAAAGAGGAGGCAGAGGCUGAUGAUAGAAAAAAGAUGUAUGAAGAGAUGAGGAAGAGGGAUAAAAGAGAACAUGGAAAUGUAGAUGAAGAAAUAAAACUUGAGGAGAGGAAAAAGAGGGAGGAGGAGGAGGAGAAGGAGGAUGCCAGGAAGUGGGAGAAGGAAAGAAAAAAGAUGGAGGAGAAAAGGGAGGUGAAGGAAGUGGCAAGAAAAAAGGAAGGGGAAAAUAGAAAAAUGAAUGAAGAACUAAGACCCAUCGAAGAGGAUGAGAAGAGGAAAAGGGAAGAUGAAAGGAAAACAAAAGAGGAAGAACGGAGGAGGAGGCAAAAGGAAGAGAUGAGGAGACAGAGGGACAAAGAGGAUUGCAGAAAAUCAGAAGAAGAAAUAAGGCUCAAGGAAGAUAAGGAGGGGUAUAAAGGGUAUGAUGUGGACAACAGAAAGAUGGAACAUGAGCGCAAAACAAAAGAUAAAGAGAAGAAGCAGGAGGAGAAGAGAAAAAAGGAGGAGGAGAUAAUUAAUGUAGAGGCAGAGAAGGAGCAGAAUGGAGAAGAGGUGGGAGAAAACAAGAAAGAGGUUAACAAAAAAACAGAAGAAGAAAUAAGACUCAAUGAAAAGGAGGAGAGCAAAAAGAGAGAGGAUAGGGAAAAGAAGGUAAGUGUUGUAAGAGCAAAUGAGCUGCAAGAGAAAAUAAAGAAAAGAGAACAUAACAGCAUGAUUGAUCAAAAUGAGAAAAAGAAUAUAGAUAAAGCACAAAGAUCCCUGGCCUCACAGCUAGAAGACAGCCCCACCUGGACUUCCUCAAACCCUGGUUCUUUACACAGUGAAUCUACAAUCUGUCCCAGCAGUACUGAAACCAUGCCACAACAACAUGACCCAGACAAGAACAUCACUCAGGCUUCCAUAGAUAAAACUGUGGACUGCCAAAAUCAAGCAGCAAGGCCUUCCACUGUGUGCCUCCCAGAGCACACGGAGCAGAAGAGGCUGUCAUGGAUGAAGGACUGCAUCCCAUGGUCCAAACUCUCCCUCCAGAACAGGAGGAAACAGAAAGGAUCUGUCCAGAGUCGGAGAGGGCCGAGGAGGCCUGCCGAGGCCAGCAGUCUGCCACCUCUCUGCCCAGACUCUCUGCUUCAGUCCACAGGCUGGAAAUCCCUGCAAGAGGUGACCACAGUGACCCUGCAGGACUUGCCUGGCUGUAGCUUAUCCACUCUUGCUCAGUGUAUUCAACUUCGGUCCCUCACCCUCAGACGCUGUGGCCUCAAAUCCCUGGAAGGCAUCAACCAGUUACCACAGCUCUGCUACAUCGAUGUACAGGAAAAUGACAUCUCAUUUGUCGACUGUGAAAAUAUGACUAAUUUACGAGUUCUUCAACUCGGCCACAACAAACUGACGUCCAUCCAUGGUUUAACUGGUGCUGAAAAUUUGGACGUUCUAGACCUCUCACACAACUCCAUCACCCGCAUUGCUGGUCUGGAGUCUAUGAAGAGACUGCAGAGGUUGUCAGUGGAUCACAACCAGCUGAUCAGCACCAAAGGACUGAGGGAUGUAUACACUCUCCUCCACCUGAGCUGCUCACACAACCACCUGGCAAGCGUGGAGGGUCUGGAGAACAGUGCUCUGCUCAACACACUGGACCUGAGAGCCAACAGCCUUACUGAGCCCCCCAGUCUGAACAACCAGGUCCUCCUCAGAGAGCUGCAUCUAGACGACAACAGCAUCUCCUCUCUGACGGCCCUUAAUGCUUGCUGGCUUCCCCUCAUGCAACAUCUCUCUGUGGCCCAAAACAGAAUUACCCAGCUGCCCUCAAUGUCUGAUUCUGUGUCCCUUGCAUAUCUGGAUCUUCGAUUCAACUGCAUGUCAGAGCUCCAAAACGUGUGUGAGAGUCUGGAGGGAUGUCAAUUCCUGCGAGAGGUCCACCUGAUAGGGAAUCCUUUUCAGCAGGAGAGUGGCUGGAGAUCCACUCUGCAGAAAGCAGUGCCUGGCCUGAGGGUCAUUGAUGACCAGCAGACAGACUCUUUUCUAUCGCCCCCUGCUGUUCAACAGGUCAGCUUGGCCGUAGGCAGCUUCCUAAUGUUCUGUCAGGCUCAGCUUCAGCAGACUCAUGAUUUACAGCAGCAGCACAGCAGGGAGCUCAGUAGUGCCUCAUCUUCCCUGGAUGCUGUAAAGACCUCCUGCCGACACUUCACUGAGGCUCUGCAGCUGGCUAAGGACCAGAGAUUUGCCCAUGAAUAUAGUGAGACCACUGUGACUGACAAACACAGGGCUGUAGGCCAAACAACACCUGAGGAAACACUUGACAUGGACAGUACCAAUGUUGAGAAGCGUACUGAGCACCCAGAAAUGGAGUCCACUGGAAAAGUUCCACCAGAUAUCAGAUGCAACUACUGGACUUUUGAGAAGAAGUCAGUUGCAGAGAGUCGGCAUGACACUGUUACAACAGGUCCAAAGACAGGGCCAGCAGUGAGCAAAGUGUACUCUGGCAGUGUUCACUCCUUGGCAACAAAGGGAAAAACUAUUUCCUCCAAUCUUGAAAUGGAACCUAUAUCCAACCAUCAAGACCUGGACCUCCAAAACACAGCAGCAGUCGUGAUUCAGCAGCUGUGGAGGAAAUGCAGACAGAAAUGUGGGAACAUCAGCAGCCCUUUCACAGCUGAGAAGGGAGGAGGAAGAGGAGGAGAUGGAGGAAAGCCAGAGUCAGGACCUUCCUAUAUUAACGGGAGCCAAGAUUAUGCAGCAACUGUCAUUCAGGCGUUUUGGAGGGGCUUCACUCUGAGGAGGAGGCUUGCAUCUGCUCUGGCUGCUGUCACAUGCCUGGACACCGGAGAGGACGACACCUUUGAGGAGGUGGACAUGGAUGAAUUUGUCUUUGAUGAGGCAGCGCUGGAGAAACACUGGACAUUGCCGCUUUCUGAAUACUUACCACCCAGAAGUUACCCUGAGUCAGAGCAGCCACUUUCUCUGAAGCCUCCUGGGCCCUUUCCUGAACCCUCCCAGUACAUACUCCCACCGCCGCUUGAAUGGAGGUCAAAACAGGCCUGGGUGGCUGGAGAACAGGUGGACUCUGCUUCUCCACUGAGCUCCCUCAGAAGCAAAUCUCCUGCCUCAACCUCAGUGGUCAGUGGUCUCUCCGAAAGAUCAGAAAAGAUUCUGGAAGAAUGGGGCUUCACUCACAGCCACACAGCUCUUCAAAUGCUUAAGAGAGCCCAGAAGAUGAAAUCAAAGAAGCAACAGCAGAAGAAACAUAGGGAUCCCUCUGUCCGUCUUGCCUUGUUCAGAAACUGCAGUUACCAGCUGGGUCCAGUGGAGGUACAGAACAGGCAAGGACAACAGAACAGAAAUUAUAUAAAAGUUCGCGAGGCCGAGCUGGGCCUUCAGCAGGCAGAGAAGACAGAGCGAGAGAAGCAGGAACGAGCUCAGCAGUGGCUGCACACCCAGGCUGCUCACUCUGACAGGGACUCAGAGAGCAUGCAUUUCUUACCGGAGAUCAGCUCAGACAUUCUGAAUGGAGGCAGAGUGCAGCUCGUGAAAUCCCAGUGUCACUUUGGAGCAGUUUGCCUGGACCUGAGAACGAUACUGAUGCUCAUGAGAUCUUUGAAGUCAGAAACUGCAGGCAGACCCAGGAUACACAGAACGUCUACAUCACGCCAGUGGAUUGCGGGCCAACAACAGUUUAGCUAUCCAGCCUUGCAAAGAGGACAAUUAUCCUCGCAGAAACUCUUUGGGUCAUGCAACCAAAGAGGUUCCAUCUCCUAAGCGAGUCACGUCUGCUCCGUCAAAAAAGGAGCGCAUCUCCUUCCGAGACAACCCUGUCCAGUUGAGUGGCGGCUGGGGAGGGGGCAAGAAGAGGGACAGAGUGUACAAGUAAAACACAAACUAUUCUACAACCACAUCACCUUUUUUUGCUGUCCUUACCCAACACCCAGAGCAAAGAUACGUUUGAUAUUUUUUUCCUCUUCUGAUACUUAUCCUUACAAAGAAUGCAGAAUUUUCAAAAUGUACAGUAUGUUCAUCUAGUUCAGGACAACAUAUAUUUAUGCUUCCUUUGGAUGCAGCAUCAUGCUAACAACAACCUGUGUUGUGGUAUUAACAUGUUUUCAUGCAAAAAAACACAAAUGUAAUGACCUAAUUUAAAUCAAUAAAUUUCUUUCUCACAAGGCUAUUUUUCCAUCCAU